GGGAGGAAGGCUGUGGAAGAAUUACUUAAAGAGGCAAAACGUGGGAGAACCAGAGCUGAAACAAUGGGAGCUAUGGGUUGGUUGAAAUGUCCUCUUGCUGGUACAAAUAAAAGAUUUCUUAUUAAUACCAUCAAAAAUACGUUACCAUCUCAAAAAGAACAAGACCAAGAACGUGAGCAAAGAGAAGAUGGUAAGGAGCCUGAGCCAAACAAAAGCAGGAAAGAAGAAAAACCAAAGAAAUGCAGAAUUCACCCAUAUACACCCAGCUUUCAGUCCAGAAGGAGAGUCAGCUACUCUCCUCCAAGGCACCGAAGCAGGAACCAGCACACAAAGGAUAAGCAUGAAGAACGAUCAAGCAAACGAUGAGAAGAGAGUUAUGAAUAUGGGUUUCGUUACAAGCCAGGAAUGUCAUUAAGUGUCAGACUGCAGGGAUGUCUCAGUUUUUCAGGAAAAGAUACUGUUCAGAGUUGAAUUUUGAACCUCGUUCUUGUGUGAGAAGUAACCUUGAGGUAGCUUUAGAAAACUUUUCUUUGGGACCUGUAAAAGAAAAGCAAAGUGCAGCAUAAAUCUUUUGGUCAUUUUAGAACAGACAUUCCUUUCCCUUUGGUCCAUUCCUCUCUCCCCUUCUGACUAAGCUUAGGGUCUUGGUGAUGGAGCGUGUCACUGUCUGAUACAACUUGUUUAAUCAUGUCACUCUUUUGGAAAUAAAUUUAAAUUAAGCAGAAAAUUAUUUAUUGUGUAAAAUUGGCAGAACUUCUUUGCUGCUAACCUAUAAGGGAGUUUUGUGUGUUUCAGUUAGUUUAGUUUUACAGAAUCUAGAAGAGAAAGCUGGUCAGUCCCUGGCCAAGCACGUGCAAUUUGUAUAGAGUAUAAGAGUUUGCUUUCUUUAGUAUAAAAGGAACAAAUUUUAAAUGGGCACUGCUGGUUUUGAUUUCCAGAAGGAACUACCAGGAAAUACUGAUUUUGCUUGUUAUUGUAUAUCCACAAACCUGUCAUAGAUAAUAAUAUAACAUUACCCCUAAAAAGCCAUAACUGCAAUAAUUGUCUCUGUUUAGACUUCCCUCUGUAAGGAAGUAGUUUGAACAGUCUGUUGUCAUGGUGCUUUCAAAACAAACCUUGAAGACAAAAUUAUCAUGUUCUCUGUCCACUGCUAGGAAGUUUCCAAGUAAAUGUGUAACAUUAGAAAUGCAAAGGUGAUCCUUAAAAAUAGUCAAAUGCUCACUUUGCAAGCCUGUGUGACAGUUCUGUAGUGGUACAGUUCUUAAACUUGUGACUUGGAGCACAUAUAAUACACAUUGGCGUAUUCUGUGUCUCACUUCUGUUUGUGUUACAAUAACAAACUUCUGUGUGAAGUAUUUUGUAUUUCAGUAUUCUCAAAAAUGAUUGUUUUGAACAUAGGUUUCCGUUUUUAAGUGUGUUGACAAUAAAAUCGAAUAUGUUCAUUAAAA